GUUAUUAAAUUUGAUCAAUUAUCUCAUGUAAAAUUAAAAAUGGUAAGGUGUAAUUGAAACUUGAAAGCAUUAGCAAUUUAGCAUGUUGUUUGCUGACAUCACUAAUUGCACUUGCCGACGUAAACAUGAGCGAUAAUAAUAAAAUAAUAUGAAAAAAGGAAAAUCAAAAAAAAAAAAGGACGAAAGAGAAUCAAAAGAGACGACGAAGUCAAGGCUCAAGUUUCUCCUUUUCCUCUAAACAAUCGUUUUUUUUUUUCUUUUUUUUUUAAUUAUCUAAUUUCUUUUGAUUUUUCUUUUCUGCCAUUAUCAGUUUUAAUUUUCUUCCUUACGUUCUUCAUCAUCAAAUGGCAUAAGCUGGAGAGAAAGGAUACGAACCGAUCGUCUUCUCACUUCUCGAAACAUUCGAUUUCCCUUGAUUCGCCGGAGAAGAGCCAUGAAAACCUCUCUCCGACGCUUGCGAGGGGUGAUUCACAGGCACGAAUCUAAGGAUCGGAGAGAUCUCCGAGCUCUUGUUCAGAACGACGAGCUCGCCCAGGCUUCGCAGGACGUGCAAGACAUGAGGGAUUGCUAUGAUAGCUUGCUCUCUGCUGCGGCUGCUACUGCUAAUAGCGCAUAUGAUUUCGUUUGCUUGCAGAAUUUUCUGAAUCUUUAAGAGAACUGGGUGCUUGUCUUCUUGAGAAAACUGCUUUAAAUGACGAUGAAGAAAGUGGUAGAGUGUUGCUUAUGCUGGGGAAAUUGCAGUUUGAGCUGCAAAAACUUGUUGAUAAAUAUUUUAAUAUUUGUGUUGUUCAUUCAGCGGUCUCAUAUAUUCCAAACGAUCACAAUCCCCUCAGAGUCACUUCUUAAUGAACUCCGCAUAGUUGAGGAAAUGAUGCGGCUUUGUGAUGAGAAAAGGAAUGUUUAUGAAGGGAUGCUUGCAAGACAGAAGGAGAAAGGGAGGUCUAAGGCUGGGAAAGGAGAAUUUUUUUCGACUCAGCAGAUACAAGAAGCUCAUGAUGAAUAUGAUAACGAGACAACUUUAUUUGUUUUCCGCUUAAAAUCCUUAAAACAAGGGCAAACACGUAGUCUUUUGACUCAGGCAGCACGGCACCAUGCAGCACAGUUAUGCUUCUUCAAGAAGGCUCUUAAUUCCCUUGAAGAAGUUGAGCCACAUGUACAGAUGGUAACUGAGUCGCAGCAUAUUGAUUACCAUUUCAGUGGAUUAGAAGAUGAUGAUGGCGAUGAUGAAAUCGAAAACAACGACGACGAUGGCUCUGAGGUGCAUACUGAUGGAGAGUUGAGUUUUGAAUAUAGAGAGAAUGACAAGGACAACAAUGCGGAUUCUUCACCCAUUCUCUCCUCAGAGUUGGGUCAGUCAGACAUCACAUUUCCACUAAUUGCAGGACCGAAAACUGUGCAGCAGACACAUGAGGAAGGAAACUACAGGAAGUCUUAUUCAUUUAGGAGAGAUGUUAGGAUAGAGAGCCAAUCAGCACCUCUCUUUUUUGAGAACCGCACAACUCUUCCUACUUCAGAUAAACUGUUACGGAUGCGAUCAUCUCUGACACGGAAGUUCAGCACUUAUGCAUUGCCGACACCUGCGGAAACAGCAAGAAGUCCCUCAUCUAUUACAAGUCUUCGUCACAACAACAUUGCUUUAUCUAACCCUGCAAAGGCAUUGACAAAACAGGUUUGGCAUUCAUCCCCAUUGGAUGCACGUGGACCUGCAAAGCUCUCUUCUAGACCAAUGGCAGCCUUGAAAGAACAAGUCCUGAGAGAGAGUAACAAGAAUAUAUCUUCUCGGUUGCCUCCGCCUUUAUCAGAUGGACUAAUGUACUCUCGUAUCGGGACACUCAAGAGACGAUCAUUCUCUGGUCCAAUUACAAGUAGACCCUUACCUAACAAGCCUCUGUCUGCAGCGCCUCGUUUAUACUCAGGUCCAAUCCCAAGGAAUCCAGUUUCCAAGUUACCAAAAGUGUCGUCAUCAUCCCCAACUGCUUCCCCUACUUUUGUGUCAACACCUAAAAUAAGCGAGCUCCAUGAGCUUCCUAGACCACCACCAAGCAGCUACGCUAAGUCUUCUAGGGCAUUUGGAUACUCAGCACCUCUGGUUUCGAAGAGCCAAUUGCUUAGUAAACCUCUAAUUUCAAGUUCACCAUCUCCUCUCCCAACACCACCACCUGCAAUCAUUCGUAGCUUCUCUAUACCUACUAGCAACCUUAGAGCAGCAGAUUUAGAUAUGUCUAAGACGACUCCUUCGCCUCCUUUAACCCCAAUGUCAUUGACCCAUCCACCUCCUUCUGCUCUCCCUGAGCUUGCAGACCACCUAACGAUGUCCAAACAAGAGGUAAACCAUAAGUUCUGAUACGUGUUCUAAGUGUAAAAUCCAUGAUUGUUCUGAUAUUUAUGGUAAUGGGUGAAUUGCAGAGGACUUAAAGGUGUAAGUUGUUUGUAGCUCUACCUAAACACGCUUAUAGGAGGAGGAAGACAUUCCCUCUAGUUGCAGAUAUGUAAAUAUCCUCCUGUUUUGUUCCGAGGAUGAGAGGCAUACAGUAAUAAAUAAUUUCCCGAGGAAUUUUGGUUUUCUAUAAUCACAAUAUAUAAUAUAGUGGUCAAAGUAAUGUCUGAGUUUUUUAUUUA